ACGAGAGAAGGAAAUUGCAUUGCGGUUGAUGAUAAAUAAGAAAGUCAUCGCCACUACUAAACUGGUUCCUCCUGGGAAGUUGAACAAGACCAAUCUCCUCGACAUCAUAAUCCGUGAGAGAUACAUGAUGCGUCUGUUCAACUACAUCGUCUCGAAAUCGGAGAACAGAGAGGCGAAAGAAUGGAAGGACGGUAACUUCUUCGACUAUGAAAAAGAGGAGGAAAGGUUCGGUGCGAAGGCAGCCGAAUGGGAUGAGGAAAGGGAUAGGAUCCCUUUGGAAUACGCCCGAAGGGUUCCAAAAAGACUCGGCGGAGAGCAAGAGGAAAAAGGUCUGAAAGGGGCUGGCCUGAAGGCCACGAGGGCGUUGUAUAGGGACGCACCUUUCCACUUCAAGUAUUUCGUAUACCAUGCAAUUCGAAGAGUGGACUUGCUAAUAGAUGAGUUGCGGCGGUUGAAGAACGCUGCGCUUAAUCUGAGUUGGGAAAAGAAACAGCGAUGGUCAACAUUGUUACCGGUCAACAUGCGCCCCAAGGAGUUGCUGCCCGCGGCCGACGAAAUUGUGACUGCCGCCACGAACUUUAAUUGCAAGGCGGCCAUCCUCGAUCUCGCCAACCCAAAGGAAUGUUUUGCAUGGUCGCCAACCGAUUUCGAUGCUCUGCACAAAACGAUGACGAAAUUAUGCGGUGAUAAUUGGAUUUUGAUUGAUUUUGCCCCGCGAAAACAACAUAAGAUCGUCAUAAAGCAGCUUUACAACUGGGACAAUGCGGAGGUGAUACCCGAGACUUGGAAGCAUUAUAUCAGGGUCGGGACGGCUGUCAGCAAGUACGGAAACUGGCAAGUCGAUUAUAAGGACAUGAUGGCGGUCGUCGUGCAUGCUGAGGGCGGCGAACUCAAAAAGGUAACGAGGGCUCCUAAAUUAGAGGCGGAGCUAGUAGAGCUAAACGUUGAGGAGGAGCACUUCAAGAGGUGCACAGCGAGGCACAGCGGCAAGGAAGAAAAUGAACGAGAGGUGGGUGCGUUUGCGAUGUUCAUGGCGAGAUGCAAACAACUCAAGUUCACAACAAAUCAGGCAAUGCAGACGUACGAUGAGUACAGCAACAUUGCGAAAACAAAUGAUGCAUGGAAUCCGAUCGAGAGCAAUGAGGAGACAGAAACCUCGGACCUCGAAAUCGAAGACCGAAUGAAACGUAAUCGAGAGGGAAUGGAAAGUGUGCGUGCGUGCAGCGUGCCGAAGGACAAUCAAGAAGAAGGUUGCACGAAAUCGGGAGGUGUGAGCAGUCCGACGCGUGACGUGACCGACAGGGCGAGUUCCAUUGAACAGAUGCAAACGGAUUCGCUCACGCUCAUCCAAGCACUUGAGAAUAUAUUGAUUCAUGACAAUCGUCAGGGGUUUCAGAGAAGGACUCCAUCUCGAGAAAACACGGACAACGAAAUGCUGGCAGAUGCCGAUGAGGAUGACUUGAUGGUUCCAAAUGCCCUCCCGAAGCUAAUGCCCGGUGAUGAUAUCCCUGAUCGCAUUGUGCAGUUUGGGGGGCAGUCGACCACGCACUUUGCCACCAGUGUUGUUGAAGCGAUGAGUCAAACUGCUAUCAAGAUAAUGGAGGUGGACAAGGGAACACGGAAUAUUGACAAAGAUCCUUCGAACGUUGCAUCGUAUGGGCCUCCUCUAAUCACUCAAACGGAAAACGAGAGUGCUUCGCAGACGGAGAGCCUCACUCCUUCCACGAACAUGGCGGUUGGAGAUGAAAUGCAAGAAGGUGGGUAUGCAGACCGUGCAAGUGAGGUGCAAAAAGAUUCCGAUGAGAUGAUGAAGGUGUUGGAGGAGGUGGAGAAGGAGGCAAAGAGGAAGCUUGAGGGAUCAACCACGUCCCAAACGGUGAUUAAUUGUAUUUCGUACAAUGAUGAAGGGCUAGACGUACAUGCAGAGGGGAGCGAUGACAAUGAGGAUGCAAGGAAAAAUGUCGAUGAACAGAAGGGAGUGGAUGACGAAGGUCGACCUGCGAGACGGUCGACAAGAAAAAUAAAGAGAAAACACCCGAUUAAUGUGUAGAUAUAUGCGGAGGCUGAGUUCGGGUUGGCGUGACACUCUGUGUAUGUGUGUGAAUGUCUAUACGUAACUCAUAUAAAUAU